CAAUUUCUAAAUACUACGAAGUAUCCAUGCAAUAACUCACAAGCGCGGGUUCUCCUAAAACGUAUCGCGAGAUGCAGCGAGAAAAUGGAGCAACUGCAAAAAAGGUUUGAUAAAGAGGAAUCGUGGUGGCGGUCGUAGCUUUUUGCCGUUUAAGAAUCUCUCCCUUUUUUUUUGUCCUUCAUCUCCCCACAACUUCUGUCACAUAUAUAGGAGAGAGAGAGAUUGAUUUUAUGUUGGUUUUAUUUGGUGUGGGUGCAACUGCAAACGACGAGGACACUCGAUCUCUUGCUUCGUUUAAGAAAACACCCAAAGAGAAAACAACGGAGAGGAAGAAGCUUUCUUUUUCUUCUCUCGGCAGAAACCCCCUUACAUUCCAUUCUUGAUUUGGGCUUUGAAGGCAUAUCUAUGAUGCUUUUCCAUUUCUGGGGAAAGGAUGGGUGAUCAUUUUGUGUUACUUGUGGAUCGGUUGCUCACUGAAUCCUCCCUUGAAGCAACUAUAGAGAGUGUGAGCAAGUUGCAGCAAGCCACACCAUCAGUCUGCAAAGAAUAUAUGGCUGAAUCUCCUUCCUAUAUGAUGGACUUGGGUAUGGUUUCAUCUCCGCGAGAGCUUUUGCAAUGUAGGAUUUGCCAUGAUGAGGAUGAAGACACCAACAUGGAGGUGCCCUGUUCUUGCUGUGGCAGCUUGAAGUAUGCCCAUCGCAAAUGUGUUCAAAGAUGGUGUAAUGAGAAGGGUGACACUAUUUGUGAGAUAUGUCACCAGCAAUUUAAGCCCGGCUAUACAGCUCCUCCUCCUCCUCCUCCUCCUCCAUUGUUUUAUUAUGGGGGCAUUCCAAUGGACUUCAGGGGAAAUUGGGAGUUUUCCAGAAGGGAUCUGCAUAAUUCUCAAUUUAUAGCAAUGGUAACUACAGAUCAUGAGUUUCUAGAUUCUGACAUUGAUGAAUAUUCAGCUAUAAGUUCUAGCGGCCUCAUAUGCUGCCGCGUAAUUGCAAUAAUUUUUAUGGUUCUUCUGGUGUUGCGUCACACUCUUCCGAUCAUCAUUACUGGAGCCGGAGAAUACUCAUUGACUUUGUUCACACUACUAAUGUUACGGACCAUUGGGAUUCUGUUGCCAAUCUUUGUCAUGGUAAAAGCUUUUACUGCUGUCCAACGUCGCCAUCGCCGACAGGAUCCUCAUUUCUCUCUUGGACUUGAUGAAGCAUCAGAUGAAGAAAAUGAUUUGUCACAAUUUCAGUCCCAAUCACGUUUCAUCCAGAUUCGGUGAUUUCUGAAGCAACUAAUCUAGCUAACAAGAAUCUGAUGGUUGUGUAUGGUGUACAUAAGGGAGCGUCACAGUUUACUCGAGUUUACCGAGGCUCUGAAGAAAGCGUGAUGGCAUUAUGGUGUCUAUUCCAGCAUGAUCUGGGCUUAACCAUAUCGCAGAAGAAUCGGUAGGUCAUAUGGCUCGUAAAAUCAAAAAAGCGAUUAAUGGUUCAGAUGAGAUACAGCGCUGACAAAAUCUCCAUGUUAUGUAUAGAUUUAUUAGAUUGUAAGUUAAGCAUUAGAGAUGAUCAUAAAGUAAGUUGCUAUGUUACAGGAACUAUGGACUCAAGUUUAUAUUGAAGAACAACAAUCUUUAUAGGCCUUCAAUGUGAAUGAUG